CCUGUCUCUGUGUAUAUAUAUAGAUAGAUAGAGGUCUGCUAUGAUGGAUCAGGGCGAGUGUGUGCUAUGCACCGUAUUACGAUAAACUACCUCGAUAGCGUUACUGCACUGGAAUAAUGAACCCAUUGGUAAAGAUGGGGCCAUGGGGCAACGGAUACCAGACAGGUAACAAAGAUAUCUAUGAGCUCGAGAUAGCGCCGCUGCGCCUGGAGAGCAUCACCGUGCACCAUAGCAGCGUGAUCGAAGCUCUUGGCUUCUCCUACCGCGACCGCGAGAAUCGUCCCCAUACUGCAGGCCCAUGGGGGAAGGUGACCCCUGGGCAUGAUACUACGGUGGAGGCGGGGGAGAGGGCAACUGAUACCGCAUUCCAGCUACAGGCCGUCGCUGUUCCUCCCGCGAACCGCUGCCCCCCGGACCUCCGUCGCUCCUUCCCCCGCAUAAGGUCGUCGCUGCUCUUCCCGCGAGCCGCCGUCGCCGGACUGCUGCUCCUCCAGCAGCACUGGGCGUCCGGGGCGCCGCUCCUCCAGCACCGGGUCGUCGCCGGAUCUCGCUCCUCCUGCAGUACUCCUCCACGCCACGCUCCUCCUGGGCGCCGCCGCCUCGUCGGCCACUGAUCCCGCCUGUGAGGAAGAAGGCGAGUCUCGCCCCCUCCCGCGCCUCGUCCAUUAGGCGAAUUUAUAGUUUUCAUUAGGCAAAAAUACUAUUUUUCGUUAGGCAAAAAUACUAUUUUCAUCAGGCAAAAUUAUCUUUUGCAUUUUUGCCUAAUGGUACUAGUAUUUUGUCUAAUGGAAAGCAUUAUUAUUGUCUAAUGAUGCUAGUGUUGUUGCCUGUUCGCGAAUUCUGUUCAUGCAUAAUUUUCUUCUUUGCCGGAGCGGAGAUCAGCGUAUUUUUUGCUUCUCUGUGUAAUUAAUGCCAGGAGUUAAUGGGCUUUUUUUGGGCUGCUUGAGAGGU